AUGUGUAUCUUGGUCGGUGCCACUGGACCUGGGAUCACAGCCACUGGCGAGGCAUUGCUGGGAUGCGUCAGUGACGACCCCUACCUCUUUCGCACUUUUGUCCAUGUGGUGCAACCUGCAUCUCGCGUCGCAGUUCCGGUGGAUGGUCACGCACACGUGGGCACAGAGCUGGUCUGGGCCGAUCGGGAGGACUUGGAGCCACCCUUUCCGGUGGAGCGGGGCCAAGCAACGCGUGGGAUCAAUUCACAGGGCUUAGCCUUCGAAAGGAUGAUGAACGAUUGCAGCAAUGUGAAGGAUGCAUUGCAGUUGCUCGAGGCUACUCCGUCCGUGGUGCUCCUGGCAGAUGCCUUUGGGGAUCUCGCGCAUGUAGAGGUGGGUGGCUUUGGUACAGCCGUCCAUCAGCGCUUUUCCAAAGAGAAACCAGGUUUGGCUAUUGCAGUGGACUGCUACCAAUCCCAAGAGCUCAAGCACUUCAAUGACCCAGCAGCAGAGCUUCAGGCGCAGGAGAACAACAAUGGGUGUCGUUUGGCGCGAGGCCGGCAGUUGGCAGCCGAGUUGCGAGGCAAAUUGGACGUGGCCACAUUCCGAGCGAUUCUGUCUGAUCACGGGAACAGGGAGAGGAAUCCCGAGGAGAACCCUCUCUUGAAGUGGUGGGGAUACAGUAUUUGCAACCAUGGCACUCGAAAAAACCACACGUACGAUGCCACUGCUCCACCUUGGGGCUCAGUUAGUGCAGAAGUCCUUCAGCCUUCCCUUUGUGCCUUACACUACAACUAUGGCUGGGCCUGCGGUGAGAAAGCCGAGUUCGGAGAUCAGCUUUUCCAGAGUCGUUCCUGGAGCCACUUCUGCACCUUUGUGUCGCCCUCUGAUGGACAACUGCCCACGGGCCACAUCGCGUGUACCACGGUGGAUGGUGAAAUUACUCCGGAGGCAAAGCUUUUCCGUAGAUAA